GGACUACGUCAUCAUCCUGCCACUCUACAAAGAGCUUAAUUAGCUAGCUAGUCUCUUCGAUCUGCUUCUCUCUUUGGUUUCCAUGGCUUCUUCUCGGGUUGUCGUCGCGGUGGCGCUGCUCGUGGCGGCGGUGCUCGCCGCGUUCGGUGCGCUGGCGCCGGCGUGCGAGGGCGCGAGGGUGAUGCGCGAGGGCGCCGCCGUCGUCGGCAAGAUGUCGAGCUACCAGCCGCCGGUGAGGCAUAAGCCUCCCGUCCCGCCGUCGGGGCCGUCGCACAGGCACAACAAGAGGGCGACAGUCCCGAGGAAGAGGAAGCACUUCCCGCCGUCGGGCCCGUCGUACCACGAUCCGCACAGCUGAGCUCCGGCGAUCGUCGUGCGCGGCCAUGGAAAGACGGCCGGCCAGUCAGCAUCUCUCUCUGCAGUAGCUUCAUUAAUUAAUUGAUUUAAUUAGUUAGGAAUUAUAAUAAUAAUAGCAGGAGAGAUUAUCUAGCUUAAUUGUUAUUUCCUUCUUUUGAUUAGUUUGGUAGGUUAAUUUGAGGUGUAAUGCAGGUAUUGUUAAUUAGCAUUUCGUAUAGAAAUGCGCAUGAUACAUGCAUGCCAUUUAGUUUAAUUUUUAGAUGUUUCUCUACGAAUUAUUCAUUUUCUUAAAUAAAGUUACUUUGCUUAUUAAUUAGUUAUUAA